UCUGCUCCAAUUAAAGUUAGGAAACUGCCCAAGUAUCGGCAUCUGCAUAUAUAUCACCCCACUUCGAUCUAUUCCAAUUAAGCUUUUCUACCCGAUCCUGAUCCGGUAGAAACUACUACUAUAUAAAAGCAUCCAUCCCAUCCCGAUCCCAACCAAGAAAAGAAAGGGCUUUAACCCGAAAUCACCAAAUUUCGCAUAAGAAAAAGAAAACCCUAAAUCGCGAUUUGGCAGGCAUGGCUUCCACAGCCGGGGAUCUAAGGAAUCGUGAAAUCAAAUUGCUCAAGGCCGAUGGGCCUCAAUUCGUCCAAAGAAACGAUAAGCUUCAAGGCACCAAGGCGGUAGAACCAAAUAAUGCCACUUCUCCCCAUGAAGUUGAGGUGCCUUCUUUAGAUCGUCUUGAUCUCAAUGAGAACUCCAAUGGUGCCAUUGAGGACUUCUCUGAUGGCACCAAGGCGGUAGAACCAAAUAAUGCCACUUCUCCCCAUGAAGUUGAGGUGCCUUCUUUAGAUCGUCUUGAUCUCAAUGAGAACUCCAAUGGUGCCAUUGAGGACUUCUCUGAUGGUGCUUGGCUUCGUAAAUUACUUUACAGUGAAGGUAAGCGUCGCGGCACUAUGAAGUGGAAAAGACUACUCCCAUCUUCAGAUGCAGAUCUUAGUUCUCUUCGUGAGAGCCUUAUCGAUCCUCCUGGAGAGGCCGUAUAGACGUUCAUGGAUAUUGCUUGUGUUUUGAAGAAAAGGAGUGGUGUAUCCUUCUUAUAUUUCUUGGGAAACCAGUUUAUUACCCAAAUGUAUUGUUGGUUAAUGUAACGUCAAUAUUCUGAGAAUUUCGAAUUAUUGUGACAAAAUAUGUGAAGAUAAUAUUGUUAUAUUGUUAUUAUAAAACUCUAGUAGAGACGUAGGGUGCUACGUUUGGUUGACUGAGAAUUA